CAACAAUUGGGUUAAUAACUCGCUAAUAUCAGUGUGCUUCUUCCUGUCGCUAAUGCAGUGCUUUAGUAUGACGCGGUGAUCAGCUAACUAAAGUAGCUUUGAAGGUGCAGCAGCAUGAUGAUCCCCCAAACAAUGAGGCGGUUUGUUCUCAAUGGAGCCAGAAGAUCAUGUCUCUGAUUCUGUUUGCCUUUUUGGUGCGGGUCAGGGAUGGACUUCCCCUGUCAGCCUCCACUGACUUUGAACACAAUCGAGAGCUUCAGGAGAGAAAGCAGCAGCUCAGGACAAUCAGCAAGUCUUUGGUGCACUUCCCUGACUGUGGCAUUAUUAAGGGCCACCAGCUCAACAUAUAUUUCGUCUCUUCAGAGGAUGUAUCGUACAUGAGUGUGUGCCACUGCAGCCUGCCUGUUGUUAAAGCCUUCUGCUUCUUGGAAGAUUUGCGCUGGGAGUUCACAGCGUGCAUCAGUAGCAGUGACGUCGCCUUGGCUGCCAGGCCAUAUCCAUUUUUGGAAUUUGACAGCACUAUUCAAAAACUGAAGCAGCAGUACAACCGCAGUGGGGGUCCAGCUCUGGAGGUGACUUUUGCAGAAGUUGAGGAGAAUCUAAGAAUCCAUCCUCCAAAAGAAAUUAGCUUGGAUGACGUGGAGUUUAAUAACGGGUUAGCCAAUGGACACACAGAGCACAGCACUGCAUCAGGACAUAAUCAGAGGCUCAAACCGGUGUCGGCUCCAGGCAUCCUCUCACUCGUUCUUAACAUCUUAUGUGCGUCUUUGAAUGUGAUCCGCGGAGCGCACCUCAUAGAGAACACGUUCCAGGAUGACAAUGAAGGCAUUUGGAAUGUCGUGGCAUUUUUGCUGGCAUUUCUCUGCUGUGCUUUGCAGUGCCACAUCUACCUUUUUCACUCACCUCUGAAGAAGUUGAAGUCCUUUGCUCUGCUGAGUGUGAUCAUCCUAUGCAACUUGUACCUGCUGGGCAUGAGGAACAUGUGGCAGCUCAUCUUCCACGUUUCCGUGGCUUCCUUCUCCACUCUCCUCACUCUGACGCGCAAACUUCAAGACAGAACUGACGACUGUGGGGUGUGAGGACUUUGGAAUAUGGUUGUUAGGAAAAUCAGGGAAUUUAAAGGCUAAUUCUACACACCAAAACAGUUUAAAUCACAUGGAUUAAAAUAAAAAAAGAGCAACAGUU